AUGGAGAUAGAUGUCAAUUCUGCCAUACUCACCAAGGAUGAUUGGAGAAAUCCUAUCAUAAAUUACUUGCAGUAUCUAACCUUACCUUCUGAGAAAAGAGUCAGAAUCAUGGCUUUGAACUACCUUAUGUGGGAUGGAGAUUUGGUCCGAAAAAGCAAGGAUGAGGUACUAUUGAGGUGCCUUGGGAAGCAAGAAUACAUGAAGGUCAUGGGAGAAACCCAUGAAGGAAUCUGUGGAGCUCAUCAAGGAGGAAGGAAAAUGUGCUGGUUAAUUAGAAGGUAUGGCUACUUUUGGCCAACCAUGAUGAAGGAUUGCAUUGACUACUCCAAGGGAUGUGAGGCUUGUCAAAGGCAUGGCCCAAUCCAGCAGGCUCCUUUAGUUCCCAUGAAUCCAGUAGUCAAGCCAUGGCCAUUGAGAGGAUGGGCAAUGGACCUCAUUGGUAAAAUUUAUCCAGCCAGCAGCAAGCAACACUGUUUCAUCAUUGUUGCUACAGACUAUUUCACCAAAUGGGUGGAGGCCAAGCCUGUUAAAUCCACUACAUCUCAAGAGAUCAUCACUUUCAUAGAAGACCAGAUUAUACAAAGGUUUGGCAUUCCAGAAUCAAUCACACCUGACAAAGGGCCUUCUUUCAUAUAUGGAGAAAUGCUAGAUAUGGCAGAAGCAUUCAAAUUCAAACUGAUCUAG